AGUUUUGUGACUCAAGGCAGCACAGGACUUUUUUUCCGUUGAUCAGUCGUCACUUGGGAGGGUAAGUCCCGCUCCGCUCCCAAAAUAUGGGAUGCAAUCAUGGCAAGCAGGCGAAUGCUGUGGAGGCACUCCCCGGGAGUGCAGCGCAGCAGCCGGGGUUUUGGACAAAGAAAAAGGCCGAUGAGCUGCAGGACGCCGUGGACGCGGUCUUCAACAAAGCGGGUGAAGCGUUGCUUGGCAUGACCUUCUCAUUUACAAUUGCAGAUCCACGCAUGUCCGGGUGUCCUUUGAUUGGAUGCUCUACAGGGUUUGGAACACUCUGUGGCUACACAAUGGAUGACAUUGUUGGAAGGAAUUGCCGCUUCCUGGUGGAUCCGGUUCCUCGAGAUAAGGUCGACUGGAAGAUGCGCAGGCAUGCAAAGGACUUCUGUGAAGCUGUUCGAGUGGGCAAACAGUUCAGGAUCCCAGACAAAGAAAGAGAAGAGUGGAUGCCGAUUGGAAGAGCGGGCGACGAGCUAUUUUGCUACCAGGUCAAUGCUCGUAAGGACGGUAGUUUGUUCAACAACAUGUUCUACAUGAAGGUGAUUGAGCUAAGCGCCACUUUGGGCGAGGAACUGCCGUACAUUGUUGGCUUGCAAACAGAACUGCCACUGGGAAAGGCAGAUCUCGCGCAGCUAGCGAAGAACACGAAGGUGCUGGACCACAAUAUGAACAAGGUGAGAAGUGCCUUGGCACAGAUUUUCUUCGUUUCCACCUCGAUGACGCGCGAUGACGCUGGAGUCGAACUCAAUGACGGAUACGAAGACACGUUCCUGACCUGAGCAGUGGCUUUCGCAGUAGAGCCUCGGCCGGCGCGGCUUUCGCAGAGCCUUUUCACCACUUUUCAAUUCGAAGCCCGACGACCCCCCUGGCGGGCCUGCCCUGGCGCCCUGGGCGGGCCUGGCAGCCCUGAAAGGAACAGGGCACUGGAUUGCCGAUGCUCAAUUGAUUGCGGAGUGGAA